UUCGUUCAAGCAAAUCAUCAGAGCAAGAUUGUUGUUGUGAAAUUUUUAUAUCUUGAAAUAUUGAACUUGAACAAACCGAUAAUGUCUUUGUAGGGUCUCCCAGUUGGGGAGUCGAGUGGAAGGGCAGUUUUGGUUGAAGCCAUGAAGGAGAUGGCGGAGCUACAAAGUCAGAAGUCGUGUAGCCCGCCCCACAACGCGCAGCAAUCCCCUCGUCGUCCCGAUGUGCCUGCAUCGGUGUUGCAGUCGGUUGGUCCUGCUCAAAACUCAUGGCUGCUGAGGCUGUUUCAAUCCAACCACUGCGAUCCAGCCAUGACAGUCGAGUAUCUGUUCAAAACCAGCGAACCGGGAGUCUUGCAGUAUCUUGCCAAUAAGUUAUUUACAUUUGCUGAUAGCGAGGUUGACAAAUACCUGCCUCAGAUUAUUCACAUGUAUGUACAUCAAGAGGAGGUGGCCGAGGCCAUCAAUCAGUACCUUAGUUAUCGCUGCUGUCAUGGUAUCGUCUUCUCAUUACGGGUAAGCUGGUUAUUGAGCUGCACACUAAACAAUGGCUACUUGUCACAGGGAGCACGUAGUCGAGGCCGUCGUCUUCACUUUCUCAUCACCAGCGAGGACCUGAGACCCGGCUUCAGCUCGCGUGGCUACGUCACCGCUCCGUCCAGCAGCUCACACCAGGCGAACGGCAGCGCCGCCAAGGCGAUCGCGAACGGGCAGGUUGCCCGGACGACCAGCGCCCGCGCGUCGGUCCCCACCAUGGACAUGGGUGAGCGAGGCAACGCGGCAGCUGCCGCCGCGAGUGCGAGCACGGGCACUGGCAAGCACUCGCGCGUGGUGACCGUGCGUAAGGACUUCGGCGGUGGCCAUCGUCGCAGCAAGUCCGACCUCGGCGUCGGUCACAUGCACGUGGACGCGGCGGCCGCGCAGCACCAUCAUUACCGUAGCAACGGCGGCUUGCCGCAUGUCAGCAGUGUUGUGCAGGGCACUGGAGCGAUGUCGUGUCCACUCGGUACUGGAAUAGCGUUCAACAAUGCCUGCGGCUGCGUAUUGGAUGAUGGUGCGUCCAUGCCGUCCGGUCCAACGAGAGGCAUAGCGAGCGGAACUGUCCGCCCCGCCUGUCAUUGUGGGGCAGCACGGCUGAAUCCUGUACAGGACUUUGUCAGUAGCCUGGAAGAGAUAGGACGUAAGCUGCCACCACUCGAACAGAAGGACAUGCAGAUUGCGCAGCUCAAGGCGGAGAUCUCGCAGAUCAAUCUGAAUCUACCGGCUCGUAUUCCGCUCAUCAUUCACCGAGAUGGCGAACGUCAUCAGAUUGCGCGCAUCCCCUACUCCGAAGUCAUCCUGCUCAACUCGCGCACCAAGGCGCCGUUUUUCCUUCACGUUGAGGUGUUGACAUGCGAAGACACGUUUCUUUCUCCACUCGUCCCGCGUCUUCUCGACAACUCUGCCGUGCCGAAGCCCGUCGUCUCCACUGUUAGGUCCGUAGGGAGUUCAUCACAUCAUGCGAUACCAAGCGCACCGAGUCGACAACCCACCCCGACAUCAACAUCUGGAGUGGUGUUCAGCGUUUCCGAUUCACCCGAAGCAAGCACUAAGCCGAGAAGUAACGACCUUGCCGCACCGGCAUCGGCAGACGUAAAUUUCAGUCCAAAGGAUGUGUACGAGCGGCUGAAGGAAUCACAUAAGAACCGACGUCGCCAGUACACUGAUGCGUCAGUGGCACUACUAAAGGAACCAUGGCACGAGAAAGUACAGAGAAUACGAAAGAGUUCGCCCUAUGGACACUACCCAAACUGGCAGCUCUUACCCGUCAUCAUCAAAGUGGGCGACGACUUACGGCAAGAGUCACUUGCAUGUCAGCUGAUUGCCGAGUUCGAUGACGUGUGGAAAAAGGAAAACCUCAAUCUGUGGCUUCGACCGUAUGAAGUGCUGCCCACGAGUAUAGACGGUGGAAUGAUCGAACCGAUCUGCAACGCGGUGUCGCUACAUCAGAUCAAUCAGCAGAGGAAAGGGCAGGACACUCUUCUCCAGUACUUCUACAAGGAGUUUGGUUCAGAGCGAUCGGAAUCGUUCCUGACAGCGCGGCAAAACUUUGUCUACAGCUCUGCGGCGUAUUGUCUGGUGUGCUACCUGCUUCAAGUGAAAGACAGACACAACGGUAAUAUUCUACUGGAUGACGAAGGUCACAUCAUACACAUUGACUUUGGUUUCAUCAUGAAUCACUCGCCGGGUGGCAAUUUGGGCUUCGAGACGUCGCCAUUCAAGAUGACCAGCGAUUUUGUGGAGGUCAUGGGUGGCCCGACUAGUGAUAUGUAUCGCUACUUUCGCAUGCUGCUUCUCAAAGGUCUGGUGGCAUCGCGCAAGCAUAUCGAACGUUUCAUUACGCUUGUUGACAUCAUGGGGACAGGCUCGCACAUGCCCUGCUUUGGGCGCGGUGGCAGCGGUGUGCGGCAGAUGCGCGAGCGUUUCUGCCAGGGCCUGACCGACGAGCAGCUGGAAGAUCACGUGGACGCGCUGCUCAGCCGCAGCAUCUACUCCAUGUCGACGAAGCUGUACGACGGCUUCCAGUACCUCACCAACGGCAUCAUGUAGGCCCCAGGGAAGGGGCGUGUUUUUUCUCUGCUUUGCUUGCUGCUGGUGUUACUGGUUGUGGUGGGGCCUAGUUGUCAGCAGUGUAGUUAGUAUUAGUAUUAUUAUUAUUUAUUUUUGUUCUAUUCUGGCUGCAUGCUGCUAGGCUUGUGCCCAGUACUCUGCCCUGUCAGGUGGUGUACGGUAGUAGCGCCUGGCAGUUCCGUUCAUGACACCACUGCCCGCUGUCCCGUCCUGGCGGUGACUGUACGCGCUGUGCUCGCAGCAGCACAGCGCGAUAUCCUGCGCAGAGCGUGUCGCGCUGCAGCAGCAGCAGUCAGAACAGCAUGGCAGCGUGGCUCUGACCGCACUCGAUGGCAACGCCGAUACUCUGAUUGUGCCCGAACUGUCCAGUUACCAUGUAAAUGCUUCGUGUCCGUCGCUCUCGAGUGCCUUCUGAGUGCGAGCAAAGCAACGCUAUAGCCACGACAUUGCCAGUAGCGCGUUGCCCCGCGGCUCUGCAUGCAGAGGACUUCCCCGGUGCACUGCAAGCUCUGCAUGCAGGGGACUUCCCCGGUGCCCUACAUAUCUGCAUGCAGAAGAAGACUUCCCCGGCGCACUGCGGGCUCCACACCUCUGCGCACUGGUAGCUGUGAAAAUUCGCCGGACGGGCGUGCGACGAUUCCUGGCCCCGCGUGCUCUGUCCUCUCGUACUGAGAGAGAGAGAAAGAGAGAGAGAGAGAGAGAGAGAGAGAGAGAGAGAGAGAGAGAGAGAGAGAGAGAGAGAGAGAGAGAGUAGGUGCGGGCACACGAUCUGCUCGCCACGCCAUGCCGCUGUGUGGUGUGUGAUGAGUGGUGUGUGAUCGUCCUGCUCGAACUAUUCGUGUUUGGCUCUAGCUAUGACCCUAGUGCAAUGGCAAGCAGUGAGCAGCUUGCUAGAGCGUAGGCGUAAGUGCUAGAUGGCAUCACCAUGGGCACAAGUAGUGUCAUUUGUCGCUCUGCAGCUCCUGGUGUUGUGCCGGCGCGGUUUAGUUUGUAGUGUUUUAUUAGCCGCUCUGCCAGAAAGUACUACAGUGCCUGCUCCUCUUCGUCCGCUGCAGCACGUGCGUGUGUGCGUGUGUGUGUGUCUGCGUGCGUGCGUGCGUGCGAGAGAUUGAGAGUGCGUGGGCGAGAUGUUCUCGUACGAGUAUAUUGUAUUGUAUCUUCCGUCUACAGAUAACGCUGUAGCGAAGUUGUAGUUGUUUGUGCGCACGUUGCCUGUACAGGCUGUGGCUGCAACACGCGUGCGUGCAUCGUUCUCAUUUUUAUCCUGGCCAUACCUCAGUCCAGCUGAACAUACUAGAUGUACGAGAACGUACCUAUGAACAUUAUUUGUGCGUUCUCAUAUAAACAGCUGUUCGGUUAAACGUUCAACCGUCUUUUCAUUCAUUGCGCUGCUGAAGAUGUGACAAUGCAUCUACUGAACCGUUAACUAGGCUUAUUUCACUCUAUUUUUUAAAAGCGUCAUUUCUUUGAUGCUGUUUCCCUUUCAACUUUUACCUACACUAUGCUUGCAUGUACGUAUCAAUUCGUUUGUCGCCUUUAUAGUAACUGUUUACUCAAAUUGUUGAUACCGCAGGCUAGAGGGGCGAUUCUAUUCAAGAUUAGUAUCUUUCAUUACAAAAAUUAAAAAAACACGAGAUUUAAAAAAUAAUAAUAACCGAAUCGAGA